AUGGCGACGACAGGAGGGUCCCGAUCUGGGGUUUCGUGGGCGGCGUUCGCUCUGCUAGCGGUGGUGCUCGUGGGAUGCCUCGGUGGUGGCGUCUCGGUUGCCGAGAUCAGGCGACAGAAGAACGUGCAGGUGGCGCUCCGGGCCAAGUGGGCCGGCACGCCGCUGCUGCUCGAAGCCAGUGAACUGCUUUCAAAAGAACGGAAGGAUUAUUUUUGGGAUUUUAUUGGCCAUUGGAAGGAACUGGACAAAGGAUCUGAAUGUCUGACAGCUAAAUGUUGUGCCCAGAAGAUUGUUGAGGAUGUUCGCUCAUUUCUCAGCGAGCCACUGGCUUCAAUUUUUGAGUUUUCUCUUACACUUAGAUCAGCAUCGCCAAGAUUAGUGCUUUAUAGGCAGCUUGCAGAGGAAUCUUUAUCUUCAGUUCCUGUCAAAGAUGAUGCACUAGAGCAAAUUUCUGGCAGCGGUGCUGUGGAAGGAACUUGCUGCUGGGUAGAUACAGGAAACACUCUGUUUUUCAACUCAGAUGAUCUACAUAAAUGGCUCGAGGGAUCAGGCGAAGGAGCUACGGACUCCACUGGACAACCUGAACUAUUUGACUUUGACCAUGUAUAUCCUCGCUCAAAUAUUACUGCUCCAGUUGCUAUAUUUUAUGGCGCUGUUGGGACAAAAUGCUUCAAAGAGUUGCAUGUUCAUCUGGCAGAAGCAUCAAAGCAGUUGAUAGUCCUAAUAACUGGAAGUUCAUCUUCCACAUGUUUUCUUUGCCAUCAUAUCACACUUUAUGUCUUCUUUUGCUUCUCUAAUUUUGCUGGAAAAGUCAGAUAUGCACUGCGCCCUGUUCUGCCAUCUGGAUGUCAGGCUACAUCUAGCUUUUGUGGUUCCAUUGGUGCUGCAGAUGCAGUCACUUUGAGUGGUUAUGGGGUGGAACUCGCCCUAAAAAACAUGGAAUACAAAGCCAUGGAUGACACUGCUAUAAAGAAGGGUGUUGCACUGGAAGAUCCUAAAACUGAGGACCUCAGUCAAGAAGUCAGAGGGUUCAUAUUUUCCAAGAUUUUGGAACGCAAGCCAGAGCUAAAUGCUGAGAUAAUGUCCUUCAGGGAUUAUCUAUUGUCAUCAACAGUAUCAGACACACUUGAAGUUUGGGAACUCAAAGAUUUGGGUCAUCAAACAGCACAGAGGAUUCUUCAUGCAUCAGAUCCUUUACAGUCAAUGCAGGAAAUCAAUCAAAAUUUCCCAAGUGUAGUUUCUUCACUAUCACGAAUGAAGGUUGACGAUUCAAUCAAAGAUGAAAUCAUAGCAAACCAGCGAAUGGUGCCACCUGGCAAGUCAUUAAUGGCUUUGAACGGUGCUUUGAUUAAUAUCGAGGAUCUUGAUCUCUACCUGUUAAUGGACAUGGUCCGUGAGGAAUUGUCUUUAGCUGAUCAGUUCAUCCGAUUAAAGUUGCCUCAAAGUGCUGCCCGCAAGAUCCUGUCAGCAGCGCCACCAGCAGAAUCUAAUUCAUUCCGCGUUGACUUCCGGUCUUCACAUGUUCACUACCUUAAUAACUUGGAGGAAGAUGCCUUGUAUAAAAGGUGGCGAAGCAACCUCAAUGAGCUAUUGAUGCCAGUGUACCCUGGUCAGAUGCGUUACAUCCGUAAAAAUUUGUUCCAUGCUGUGUAUGUGUUCGAUCCAGCUUCAGCCUGUGGUGCAGAGGCUAGUCUCUUUCUUACCUUUUCUCUUAAAAAUGAUGGAUCCAAGAGCGAUGAAGACACUUCCACUUUGAUAAUGAGGCUUUUCUUGUACAUCAAGGAGACAUACUCGACACAAUUGGCAUUCCAAUUCCUAAGCGAUAUACAUAGAUUGAGGAAUGGUGGUGAUGACUAUAGUGAAGAGCCCGUAGAAGUUCAUCAUGUGGAGGAAGCAGUUGUUGACUCAUUAUUGUCAGGUGCAAAAUCUCACCCUCAGGAUGUGCUGCUAAAGUUGCAAAAGGAGAACUUGUACAAGCAAGAUGCUGAAGAAAAUUCUCGUUUUGUUCACAAACUGGGCUUGUAUAAGCUCCAGUGUUGUUUAUUGAUGAAUGGACUCGUUCAUGAUCCUAAUGAGAAUGUUUCUUUAACAGCAGUAAAUUCGCUGGUACUAAGGAAAUUACACAAAAAUGCUGAAGCAAUAGUAGUAGCUAAUGUCGUGCCUUUCUACUACUCUUAUAUUCUAAAGGACGCGACCAUGAAUGCUAUGAACGAUGAGCUUCCUAGGAUACAAGAACAGGUCUAUUAUGGGCAUAUCCAGUCCCAUACAGAUGUUUUGGAGAAAUUUUUGUCGGAAAGUAGUUACAAGCGGUACAACCCAUCGAUUACUGGCAAGAGCACAGAGAAGAAGAGAUUUGUCUCACUGUUUGCAUCGUAUCACCAGGAAGAUUCUGUACUUCAUGAUAUCAGCUACUUACAUUCCCAUGGAAGCGGAGAUGAUGUGAAGCCCGUAACUCAUCUACUUGCUGUUGAUCUUUCUUUGGUGACCGGGACCAAGUUGCUUCACGAAGCCAUACGUUAUCUGAUGGACGGGUCUAAUAGAGCUCGUGUUGGUCUACUACUUUAUGCCCGCAGUGAUAGUAUUUCCACUAUUUUACUUAUGAAGGAUAUCAUUGAUAGAACCAUUUCUUCUUUCAGUGGCAAGGAAAAGGUACUGGACUUCCUAUAUGGGCUCUGCAAAUAUUAUGAAGGUCAACAUAUGGUUGCUUCUUCUGCUGCUGGUGAUACGCUUAGUUCUAUUAAGGACAAGGUGUAUAGCUUAGCUGCUGAGACUGCCUUGCCUGUUGAUGAUUAUAAAGCAUGGCUUACAUGUUUUUCUGCUGAUACAAUUCUCGAAGGGAUUGAUAAGUUGUCAGACUUUUUAUUUGGGCAACUGGGGCUUGAAUUCGGUAGCAAUGCUGUGAUCACCAAUGGACGAAUUUUUGUUGUGGAUGAUGGUGACUCGUUUUUAAACGACGAUUUAGGUCUCCUUGAGUCUAUGGAGUAUGAGUUGCGAACAAAAUACAUACAUGAAAUAAUUGAGGAGGUUGAAUGGGGAGGAGUUGACCCUGAUUACCUGACAAGCAAAUUCUACAGCGAUAUUACCAUGUUGGUCUCAUCAUCAAUGUCUAUACGUGAAAGGCCAUCUGAAAGAGCCCAUUUUGAAAUUUUAAAUGCGGAAUACAGUGCAAUUAAGCUGAAUAGUAUGAAUUCAAGUGUUCACAUUGAUGCUGUCAUUGAUCCUCUAAGUCCUGCUGGGCAAAAACUUUCUCCACUUCUACGCAUUCUCUCUCGACAGAUUCAGCCGAGCAUGAGAAUUGUCCUUAAUCCAAUUAGUUCUCUUGCGGAUCUUCCUUUAAAGAACUACUAUAGAUUUGUUCUUCCGUCGAUGGAUGAUUUUAGCAGUACAGAUUUUUCUGUACAUGGACCUAAAGCUUUCUUCUCAAACAUGCCGCUAUCUAAAACACUUACAAUGAACAUCGAUGUUCCUGAGCCCUGGCUUGUUGAGCCUGUCGUUGCCAUCCAUGAUCUGGAUAACAUUCUGUUGGAGAAUCUCGGUGAUGUUAGGACAUUGCAAGCAGUAUAUGAACUUGAAGCACUUCUUCUUACAGGUCAUUGCAUGGAAAAGGAUCGAGAACCUCCUCGUGGUCUGCAGUUUAUCCUUGGCACCAAACAAAGACCACACCUGGUAGACACACUUGUCAUGUCCAACUUGGGAUAUUGGCAGAUGAAAGUCUCCCCGGGGGUGUGGUACCUACAACUCGCUCCUGGGCGCAGUGCUGAUUUGUAUGAGUUACCUUCGAAACUCAUUGCCAUAGAUAGCCUGAGGGGCAAACUUUUACAUAUUGAAGUGCAAAAGAAAAAGGGCAAGGAGCAUGAGGACUUGCUAAAUGCUGAUGAUGACAACCAUGUCCAGGAAAAGACGGAUAAUAAAGGGUGGAAUACCAACCUUUUGAAAUGGGCUUCUAGUUUCAUUAGUGGGGAUGCCUCGUUAAAAAAGAAAGCUGAGAAAAACACUGUUAGUAUUUCUUCUUCUAAUGUUGCUGCAGCAAAUCCUAGUUACACAUCAUACACCAUUUUACUCUUGGAAGAAUAUCAUACCGAAAGCGAGCGUUUCCUAAAAAUUAUGAUCUUGAGUGUUUUAAAGAAAACACAAAGGCCAGUGAAAUUUUGGUUCAUAAAGAAUUAUCUAUCUCCACAAUUUAAGAAAGAGAAGCAACGAAUUAUAUGGGCAUAUAAAAUCUUGUUUCUGGAUGUUAUAUUUCCACUUUCGCUGAGGAAGGUUAUUUUUGUUGAUGCUGAUCAAAUUGUGAGAACAGACAUGGGAGAACUGUAUGACAUGGAUCUGAAGGGCCGUCCCCUUGCGUAUACACCAUUCUGUGAUAACAACAAGGAGAUGGAUGGCUACCGAUUUUGGAAACAAGUUAGUUACCAACUUAGCACAAACCAUACUACUGCUGUAGACCCGAUUAUUCAUGGCAGUGCCCUUUAUGUUGUUGAUUUGGCGAAAUUUCGACAAACUGCUGCUGGGGACAAUCUACGAGUUGUUUAUGAAACACUCAGCAAGGACCCCAAUAGUCUAUCAAACCUUGAUCAGGAUCUCCCAAAUUAUGCUCAACAUACUGUGCCCAUAUUCUCACUCCCACAAGAAUGGCUAUGGUGUGAAUCCUGGUGUGGAAAUGCCACAAAGGCAAGAGCAAAGACCAUUGAUCUUUGCAACAAUCCAAUGACAAAGGAACCAAAGCUUCAGGGUGCUAAGAGAAUAGUUCCAGAGUGGGUUGAUUUCGACGCUGAAGCUAGGCACUUCACCGCGCGCAUCUUGGGGGAGAAUGUGGAGGAGAUUGCAGAGGCCACUCCCCCAUCCUCUGAGUCUGAUGCACCAAAGCCUGAUCAUGAAGACUCAAGCCAGGACUCGAAAGACGAGCUAUGA